AUGAAAUAUUUGACUACCUUUCUUCUAAUCGUUACUUUUUACAAGACUUUUGUUAAUGCAGUGCCUGCAUCAGAAACUAAACGUCUUACUAAUCCCGAAGAAAUGGGUGGUCAUUAUCAAGGUGAUAUGGUUGUUCCUAAAGAUGCACCGCGAGGAGCAGCGAGUCGACCAUCUUGGCAGCGAUGGCCUAAUGGUGUUAUUCCAUAUGAUAUGACAUCAUCAAUUUGUAUUUUGAAAACGAACGAAUUUCUUUCNUGGAAUGUUUUUAAAUUUAAUUUUAAAGGAUUUUUUCAUGAACAAUCUCGUCCUGAUCGUGAUGAUUAUGUUUCUAUUCAAUGGGAAAAUAUCAUUAAUGGCACUGAAUUCAAUUUUGCAAAGUAUAGUGAAGAUGAUAUUGACACUCUUGGAUUACCGUACGAUUAUGGAUCUGUAAUGCAUUAUGAAGCAAAUGCGUUUAGUUCAAAUGGACAGCCAACUAUUAUACCAAAAAGAAACCUUACAACACCAUUGGGACAGCGAGUUGGUAUGAGUUCCAUAGAUAUUGCUGAAGUACAGCGAUAUUACGGAUGUUUAUUACCUCCAACAACAUUAUCUUCAUCAACUUUAAUACGUCCAACAACGACAAAAUCAUCAUCGUUAAAUCUUAUCGCGUCAAUUAGUUUACAACUAGUCUUACUCCUUUUUCCUAUUCAUAUUAAUUAUUAA